AUGCUAAUCGAAAGAACCAGCGCAGUGUUGUAUGAGGAGAUGUCGAUUUAUGCCGUCAAACGGAGUUCAGUUGUGCAGCUAAACACCGACGCCAUCGGAAGUGUGCACAGCGCAGCCUCAAAAAAAGCAUUCAUUGUCGGUAGAUACUGCGAUACAGACCUCAUGUCUACAGUCGAUUGUAUGGAAGCGAGACAGAAAGAAGGCCCGAUAUUCCGUCUCCAGGCGCAUGCUAGAGCUGGUCAGGACAGAAGUUGUUGCUGUGAGGUCAAACAACUAUUGGUCCCGGGCAUACAUUAA